AUGGCGUUGCUGCUCGACCCUGUUGUGUAUUCUGCAACAAAGAUGUUCCAGGCACAUGUAAUUUCAUUGGUUUCUAAAGUCAUUGAUUCUGGCUUAUCUUCGUCUUCGGGGAAUUUGACUCUAGAUAUAAGCUACUACUUAGCGACAUUUCAAAAAUCUGUCAGUUUAUACUCUAAGCAUGUGUCUAGCUUGCAAAUGGGUAGUUGUUGCAUCGAAUUGAGUUGUGCCUAUAAUAGAACCAUGUUUGAGAGAGGUCUUCCAAUUUUUGAAUCUUAUAUUCAGGAAGGAACACACACUAAAUUAAAUCAAGUCUUAUCAAAAUCAAAUAGUUCAUUGGACUCUUACGGUUGCAAAAUGUCAUCUAAAAUAAAAGUUGAUUUUUUGACUGAGUACAUAGAAUAUAUGAAAGGGAGACAAUACAUAUUUGCUGAUUCAUGCCGAGGUAAGGCUGCCUCAACCUUAGAUUACAUAAUUCAUCAAGCUUUUUCUCAAGAUGUUGCUGGAGAUUUAUUGUAUUUAAAGAAAAACACUAAUGCUGAAGAUAUUUAUCUUCUUGCAUCCAUAUUGAAGUUAAUGAGUGUUUCACUGCUACAAGCAAUUAAAUGUCUAAGUAAGAGUGAUGAUUCAGGCCUUGCUGCACAAUAUGUUGAAAAAUCAGCAAACAAACCAUGGAAAUAUUUCAUUGAGAGCUUACGUUUGUGUUCAGAACAUGAAAAUGUACCGGGCAAUAAGGCAGUUUUAGAGAUGCAUUGCAUGGUUAAGCUUCAGGAAGCAUUGAAGGAUACUUGCGACGUGAAUUGGGUAGUGGAAGUCGACUAUGUAGCUCCUGGUUGCUUUAUGUAUCUUGUUGAAUGGUUACUGCUAUUGACAUCAUGCUUGAAGGGGUCCAUUUAUGCUACAAAGUCAUCUUUCACUUAA